GUCUCUAUAAAAGGGUCGCGCCUGCCCGGGCUCGCGCUGCCGUCGGGAGGAUGUCGCGAUACGGGCGAUAUGAGACCAAGGUGUACGUGGGCAACCUGGGCACGGGCGCCGGCAAAGGCGAGCUGGAGAGAGCCUUCAGCUACUACGGACCGCUGAGAACCGUGUGGAUAGCCAGGAACCCGCCGGGGUUCGCCUUCGUGGAGUUCGAAGACCCCCGGGAUGCUGAAGAUGCUGUGCUUGGCCUCGAUGGAAAGAUAAUAUGCGGCUCCAGGGUCCGAGUGGAAGUAUCCACGGGGAUGCCGCGCCGCUCCCGCUACGACCGGCCCCCUGCCCGGCGCCCCUUCGACCCGAACGACAGAUGCUACGAGUGUGGUGAGAAAGGCCACUAUGCCUAUGACUGUCACCGCUAUAGCCGGCGAAGGAGGAGCAGGUCCCGCUCCAGAUCCCGCUCGAGGUCCCGAGGAAGAAGGUAUUCCCGCUCACGCAGUCGCAGCCGUGGUAGGAGAUCCAGGUCGGCUUCCUACCGCAGGUCCAGGUCGAUGUCUCCUCGUAGGUACAGAUCAUUCUCACCCCGCAGGUCCCGUUCUGGUUCUCUAAGAAGGUCAAGGUCUAGGUCCAGGUCACGCUCCAGGUCCCGCUCUGUUGUAUGGCCUCGAAGCAGGUCUGAGUCUCAUGGUAGAUCUAAAUCUGGCUUACCUGCUAAAAGCCGCUCCAAGUCCAGAUCACCAUCUCCAAAGAGAAGUCACUCACCAUCAGGAAGCCCUUGAAGAAAUGAAAGUCCUAAAGGAAUGGGUUCAAAUUUAAGAAGUUUAGUAAAAAAAAAUAUUUUGUUUACAUUAUAAAGGAUUUUGUGAUGUAAGGGCUUACUCCCAGAAGGCAGUUUAUAGUGACUAGCAAUUGGCAUGAACCUCUAUCUUCUAAAAGUCUUGUCAGCAGACUAAUACAAAACUCUUCUGUUGUGUUCGUGUUCUGUGAUUUGAAAAUGUUGGGCUUUUUUUUUUUUUAUUAUUAUUAUUAUUGGUGCAUUGAAAUAAACUGCAUUUCUAACUAAGAAAUCAACUGUGAUAACAUUGCUGUUCCUAUUUGGGAAGGGGUGGCAGGCACUGUGCCCAAGGGAAAAGGUACCAGUGUCAGGUGUUUGUUGUGUGUAUACUACCUGUCUAGAAACCCUUUUUUUUUUUUUUAGGAAAUUUGAGGGGUUGUGUGGAGAUGCCAGGUCCUAAGCACAGCCUACAGGUCAGGUUCAAGUAGCAGGAUCUGUGGGCAUUGGAGAGCCCAAGUUCCUCCUGUCUGACCCUGUCUGCCUCGUUCCAUCCUGGCAGGGAAGCGUGCCCUGGGAAGGGCCUUGCUGUGCUGAUCCAUGGCUGCUUUGGGAAACCAGGCUAUCCCCAUCUCACCCUGGAUCAGUUACUGAAUUGAUAAAAUAGUACAGGAUCUUUGCCAAUUUGAUGUAUCUUUACAGCUGAUAAUGGCUGCUAUCAGAAGAACAAGGAAUGGGGAGUAGGCAGGUAAUUCUAGCAAUGUUAGGAAAGACAGCAUGCUGCUUUCCCACAGUGGCUGAACACCUGCCUGCCCAAGGGAAGGGAAUAAAUUCUUCACGUUGCUGUGCCCGUGUAUGGCUUUUGCUU